AUGACCCCGGAAAUGAAAAACGUGUAUGUUGAUCAAGAUGGGAACAUACAAUUUCAAGGAUAUUUACUAGAGGAGGGUGAAACGGAGUCAGAAGACAAACCAACAACCAGUCUUACGGAAGAAGCUUUAACUAAGAUAUUGGCAAAAUUUAGUGAAGUGAAAAAGGAUAGUAUAAAAAAGCUCACAGAUAAAUUUGUGAUUGAGAAAUAUAGUAGAGGAUUGGAACAUUUAGUCAAGAAGAAUUGGGAUGAAAAAAAAUUCCUUCGACAAAACCGUCAAAGAGAAAGAUGGAAAGGAUCAGCCGUGCAAGAUAUGUGA